AUGAGCCGCGGCAAUGAGUUAGAUGAUUUGCUUUUUAAGAGAAGAGAUUAAAAUUCGAAAUAGGGUGAAGAGUUGAAAUAGAUUAUAGAGAAUAUUCCUUAUCCUCAUGCAGAUAUAACAAUAACAUCGUAUAGUGAAUUUUCAGACAACACACCAUAAAAAUAUUUACAUAAAUUAGUACAUACAGAAAAUACUGAAGUAUAACAAUAAAAAGUGAGACGACAUAGAACUUAAGUAGAUGCUUAUGCAACUGAUAGUGAAGUUGAGUAAAGAGAAUUGAAAUAAUAAAAAAUAGAUUAAAAAAGAAAGCCACUUCAAUAGUAACAAAUAAAUCAAUAAGAAAUUAAACCUCCUUUGGUGCCUCAACAAUAAUAAUAAUAAUAAUAAUUAUAAGAUUUUUAUGCAUCUGGUGGAUCAUAUUUAGAAUCAAUGACUCCAUAAAGAAUGAAUAAAAUAGUAGAUUGGUCAAAAUAACAUGUAACACCAGGUGAUGCUAAAAAUAUAUUUCCUUAAGUUAUAGCUCCAAGUAUUGAAUUUUCUAAUGAGAAUUCCUUAUCUCUAUAAUUUAAAAAUGUUGAUCCUGAACCUAAAAAACCAUAAAUACUUUCUCAUUAAAAUUAAAAUACUUAAAAUUCUCAUAUUGAAAAUAGAGUUUGGGAAAAAUAAAAAAGAUAUAUGGAAAGUGAAAUUUAAGGAAUUAAAAAGUAAUAGAGGAAAUUAGAGAAUGAAAAUUUAGUUUUAACACAAAAAGUUGAAGAAUAUGAAGAAAUGAUGAAAUUGUUAUAAGAAAAACAUAAAGAUUAUUCAUGUUUAGAAAUUUUACGUGGAAAAUAUUUGGAAGUUACUAAGUAAUAAAUGAAAUAACUAAAGUAAUAAUUGGAUUUGAAAGAUUAGAAAUUAAAAGAUUUAAAUGAUUAAGCAAAAGGGAUGUUAGAAAAUGAAAAAAGAAUGUAAGAAGCAAUUGAAUUAGAAUUAAGAGAACUUCAUGCUUAAUUAGAUAUUAAAGAUUAAAUGGUAAGAGCACUUAAAAACUAAUAAAACAAUGAAGAUAAUGAAAGAUAAAAGGCUUUGUAAGAGUAUGAGAAAACUAUGAGUGAUGGUAACAAAUUCAUUACAAAACUAAAGAAUUAAAUUGAAACUUAAAUGAAAGCAUUAGAAGAAAAAGAAUCUAUUAUAUCAUCUUAAGAUGCUUAAAUUUAAAAUUUAUAAGUAAGAUUACUUAAAGAAGCAGAAUAUAGAAAAUAAGAUGAAAAAGUUAUUAAUGAAUUUAAAUCUAAAGAAACAUUACUUUUUUAGUAAGUUACUGGAAAUACUAUACCUGAGGUAAAUAAUAGAGCUAUGGAGGAACUUCAAAGUGAAUGUGUUAAUUAAAAGGUUUUAAUUAACUAACUUUAAAGUUAAUUAUCAUAAUAGAUGUAAAUCCAUUAAUUAUAACAUAUUAAUUCGAAUUCUUAUAAAGAAUGUGAAUAAUGCAAAUUAUGCAAAGAUGAACUUGCUAAUAUAAUUUAAGAAUGUUCUUUAGAAGAAGAAGCAAAAUCGAUUGAUGCAACUUAAAGUAUUGCAUAUAUUGCCAGAGAGGUUGUUACUCUUUUAUUAACUAAAUAAAGGGAAUAAAUUGAUCAUGCUUUUGUACAAUAUGAAGAAUAAAUUAAAGAAUAAGCUUCUUAAAUUGAUUAUUUUAAAGAAUAGAAUGAUGAGGUUAUGUAGGAAAAUCAAAAGAUUUCUGAUUAAAUUUAAUUGGUAUUGGAAAAAAAAGAAGAAUAAGAAUAAUAAAUAUUUGAAGAAUAUGAAAAACUUCGAUAAAUUAAUUAAAAUCUGUUGUCUGAAAAUAAAACACUUAAACUAGAAUUUGAAUAAAUUAAAUUAUAACUUAGAAAUGAAUCUUAAGCUCAUUCUAAUGAAAUCUAAUAAUUUAAACAUGAAAUUUAAAUUAAUAAAUAGUCACUCAUAUAAGCUAAAUAAAAUGAAUCUAAAUUAGUUGUUUAAUAAAAUUAAUUGAAAAGUGAAGAAAAAAAUUAAAUUUCUCAAGAAAUGGAAAAUAUUAAAACAGUAUUCUAAAAUUAAAUUUAAGAACUUUAUAAUAAAUUACAUAGUCAAGAUGAAUAAAUAUAAGAAUUAACUAAAGAAUUGUAUUCUAAAAAAAAAUAAAUUGAUGAAAUGCAAUAAUAAUAAUCAUCAUCUAUUAAGAAAUAAAGAAAAGAGAAAGAAUAAAAAGAAAGUAAAGAGUAAACUUAACUUAAAACUUAUGCUUAAUAAUUAAAUGAAUUAAAUGAUGAGAAAAGUAAAUUAUUGUAAAAAAUAUAACAGUUGGAAUAAUAAUAAACUUAUUAAACAAAAAGAUUGGAUGAAGAAAAAAAUGACAAAUUGGAAAAAUUAAAUUAAUAGAUCAAAGAAAAAGAUAAGAAGAAUAUUGAUCUUUAUAAUUAAAAUAAAACUCUUUAAUCUUUAUAAAAAGAAUUAGAUGAUUAAAUUUCAUCAAUGAAAGAUGAGAUUGAAAAAUAAAAAAAAUAAAUCUAACUGAAAAAUUCAGAAAUUAAAUAAUUAUUAGAAUAAAAUAAAUAGUUAUCAGAUAAGAAUUAAGAAAUUAAUAAUAGAUUGAGUUUACUCUAACAAUAAAUGAAUUAAUUUGAAAAUGAAAUUAAACAUUAUGAAUAGAGUCCUUAAAUUCCUGAAAAAUUAAGAUCUUAAGCUUCUGUGAGAAGUUUUGAUAAAACUCCUCAUGCUGUUAUAGAAUUAGUUGAAGGAUUUAAUCAAUAUUAAUAAGAAUUUUAUCAUUUAAAAAAAAUGUUUACUGAAAAAUUAAAAGCAUAAGAAUAAGUAAUUUAUUUAAUUUUAUAUUUUUAUAGAAUUUGAUAUCCCUACAAUAAACUAAUUAAUAAAUUACAUAAUAAAAUCUUAAAUUGAUUUAAGAAAAUAAUGUUUUAAAGGAUGAAAUAUCAUUAGGUAGUCAUGGAAAAAACUAUGAGGAUAGAGGAUCAGCUUAAACUGGGGAUUCUCUUAAUAUUCGUUCUUUUUUGGAUCAAGAUCAUAAGAAGACUCUUCCUUGUAAAACUCCAGAAUAACAUUUUUCCAUAGUUGAAUUAGUUCAACCAGAAAUAAUGUCUAUAGAGGAUACAAUUAUGAUUUUUAAAGAGAUCUUAAGAAGAUCAGUUAAAUCAGUAGAAAUGAUUAAAAUGAUAUGUCCUUUACCUGAAAUUAAGGAAUUAUUGAUGAUCAUUCUUUAAGUAGAAGAAAAAAUGCAAUAAUAAAAUUAAGUAACUGCAAAUAAAAAAUCAAAAAUCAUAAAUUCAAUACUUGGAGCAUCAAAUAUAAAAAUGAUAGAUUAAUCAAGAAAAAAAAGUGCUUGCGGAGGAAUGAGAGUGAAACAAAGUCAUAGAAGUGAAACAGGAGUAAUUGAUUUUUAUGAAUGA